CCGCGGCUACCUUGUGGCCUCCCAGCUGGGAGCGGCGGUCGGCCACCAUGUCCCUGGGGGCCUCAGCGGGCCGGGGUCUGGGGACCAUGUGGUCCCCUACACACGUGCAGGUGACGGUGCUACAGGCGCGGGGCCUGCGGGCCAAGGGUCCCGGGGGUACGAGCGAUGCGUACGCGGUGAUCCAGGUGGGCAAGGAGAAGUACGCCACGUCGGUGUCGGAGCGCAGCCUGGGCGCGCCCGUGUGGCGCGAGGAGGCCACCUUCGAACUGCCGCCUCUGCUGUCCUCGGGGGCCGCGCCCGCUGCUGCCGCCACCCUGCAGCUCACCGUCCUGCACCGCGCGCUGCUCGGGCUCGAUAAGUUCCUGGGUCGCGCCGAGGUGGACCUGCGGGAGCUGCACCAGGACCAGCGCCGCAGGAAGACACAAUGGUACACCUUGAAAUCCAAGCCAGGAAAGAAGGACAAAGAGCGAGGAGAAAUCGAGGUCGAUAUCCAGUUUAUGAGAAACAACAUGACUGCCAGCAUGUUUGACCUCUCCAUGAAGGAUAAGUCUAGGAAUCCCUUUGGAAAACUGAAGGACAAGAUCAAAGGGAAGAACAAGGAUAGCGCCUCGGACACCGCUUCAGCCAUCGUCCCCAGCACGACACCCUCGGUCGACAGCGAUGAGGAGUCUUCCUCCAAAGACAAGAAAAAGAAGUCAAAGAUCAAGACUCUGUUUUCCAAGUCGAAUUUGCAGAAGACGCCACUCUCCCAGUCUAUGUCUGUCCUGCCUACGUCCAAGCCAGACAAAGUGAUGCUCCGUCCCGGAGACUUGCAGUCCCGGUGGGACGAUGACGAGGAUGAGUCCUCCUCCACCUCCGAUGUCAUGUCCCACAAGAGAACACCCAGCAUGGAUCACGCACAACCGAACCAGACCAACUUCAGCCUUCCCAAGAAAGAGGGGCUCUCCUUCCUCGGUGGCCUCCGCUCUAAGAACGACUCCCUCUCAAGAUCUAACCUCUGUAUCAACGGGAACCAUGUUUAUAUGGAGCAGACAGAGGCCAAGAGUGAGGUCAGGGACAGCAGCCCUUCAAAUUCCCCAUCCCCACAGGGCUUCCAGAAGAGGCAUUUAUUCUCCUCCACUGAAAACCUGGCUGCCCGGUCUCCUAAGGAACUAGGGGAAGUAACCUCUGACAGACAACUGUCCGAUGCUUCCACCAAGGAUUCUGUGAAGUCCAUGUCUUUGCCAUCCUACCGAUCUCUGACCAGCGAGGAUGGUAGAGAGAGCGUGUCUCCAGCAAACGUGGAGACUCCGAGAGAAACGAAGGACAGCAAGAAGUCCUCCCUGCUUUCUCUGGUGACAGGAAAGAAAGAUGCGGCUAAAGGCCGUGAAGGCGAGCCUCUUCCCACUGUCUCAGAGAAAGAGAAGGAAAGGCAGGGCACGCGCGUGGAAGCCCAGCUGAGGGAGGAAGACCCUGGGAGACGGUCUGAGAGAGAUGUCGUACCUGCCCCCUCACAGAGGGGCAACUCCCUGAACCGCUUUGAAGAUGUGCAGAUCUCAGCCCCAGAAGCCGGCCUGGAGCCUAAGUCUGAACCGAAGCCACCAGUUCCCGCUGCGAGGGCUCCCCAGACCAAAGCCGUGAAGCCUAGACUGGACGUACCUCCAGAGGCCCAACCCAAAGCCAGGCUUCCUUCCCCUGACUCUGCUCUCUCUCCUUCCCUUCCUUCCAGCUCUCCUCAGGCCCCUCUCUUUUCUGACCUGAGAGGUGACUCAGAGACACAAUCCUCUGAAAGUCCUUCUGCCUCCUCCUCUUUCUCAUCUUCCCUGGCAGCUCCCCUCUCCACAUCCACCCCAAUUGAACACUGGCCCCCCACAGGCAAGGGGGAGGUUGAUGCUGAAGAACCCCCUUUGUUCCUCAAGGCUGUCUCUCAGAAGGAGAGUGUAACACCAGCUCUGAACACUGGUUCUUCUGCCUCAGGACCAGCUUUUAAACAACUGACCAUCCCAGUGCAGAAAGGGAUGGAAGAUUCUUCAGGGGGCGAGACCAGGGAGACAGGCACUGGGAAGGAAGCCGGCAGUGAUGAGUCAGGAAAGAACCCCAUGAGGCAGCAUGAAGAACAUGUGAAGGUUCCUGUCCCAGAGCAACACUGGGCCCCCUCACCUGAAGAGAUCCCGGACGUACCCUCUGGGCCUUCACUCAGGAGUGGCAGCAGUGCAAACCCUGCUGAGAAGUCCCCCUCAGGGGGAAAGACAGACUCUGAGCGGCAGUCUAGGUCUCUUGUGGAGAACCAUCACAAUGGUGGGAUGGCUCCUGCAGGCAAGGAAGCAGCACCCCCUCUUCAAGAGGAAGAGGCGGCCUCCCUGUUUGAUAGCAUAGCAAGGAAACACGAAGAGAUACAUUCGAAUGCCGGUGGAGGUGAAAAGAAAGUCAAGAAGCGUGUGUCCUUCUCUGAACAACUCUUCAUGGAAGAAGAAACAGAAAAACCCGCUGAGCUUGAGGAGGAGGACGGAAGCCAUCCCCAGCGGCUGACACGUGAAGGGCCUGUGGCCGGAGGCAGGCUUGAUGCAGAGUCUCCUGAGUGUCCCCACACAGAAGGCACGGGAGAGGAACCUGUGACCACAGCACCUCAGCCCAUCAUUCCUUCUGAAAGCGAGAGUUUCUCAGAAGAUCCCACAAGUGAAGCCAGCCCAGCAAGAGGCACCCGACUCUGGAGGGUCGUGGAGAAUGGUGGCCUUAUGACUCAGUAUCAGAGCAAAGCCAGUGAUCAUGAAGGCCUGCUGUCUGACCCACUGAGUGACCUCCCAUCUGCCUCUGAUCUGAGCUUGUCUCUUCCUUCCAUUCCCGAAGUGGCAUCAGAUGAUGAAAGAAUAGAUGAGGCUGGAGAUGGAGGAGAGGCAGAAAAGCUGGUUGAUCCACAAGCAGGAGUUUCACCCCUGAACAUGUCACCUUCCGGUCUGGAGAAGGCAGAGGGGCUGAGUGGAGGGACACAUGAGUCGGUGCUUGUGGAGAAUGUACAUGACUUCAGGCCAAACUCUUCCAGAAUGGCUCCUUCCGAGCAGACAGCAGCACUAGGAAUUGCUGAACCCCAUCUUGGCGAGAGCUCAGGUGUGAAUAAACAGUUACCAGGCCCUGGUACUGCCGAGAAAGAGGAACUGGAGCCGAGUGGGAGGCCAGGCUCUCCUCUCCGCACACCCCAGGGCUCUCCCGUGCCCAGCCCCUCACCCUCUGAGACCUUUCCUGCUGCACACUCUUUGCCUCGCUCUCCACAUUCCAAUGACCACCACACCAGUGUAGCAGAGUCUCAGAUAAAAGCAACCCCAGAAGGCUCCGCUGGUAAAGUUGAAAAUUUUGGCAAGAAGAAGCCACUCCUCCAAGCCUGGGUCACACCCUCAGAGAUACAUCCAGUCUCGGCUCAGCCAAGCGCUAGAGCCGGGGCAGCCAAGCACAGGCUCCAUCCCGUGAAGCCGAUGAACACAACAGCCACCAAGAUUGCAAACCCCAGCUUGGGCACUGCUGCCAUCAUCAGUGAGAACAUGAUCAACGAAGCCAUUAUAAAGAAAUACCAGCCGUCGGAUCCUGCCUUCGCCUACGCACAACUGACCCACGACGAGCUGAUCCAGUUGGUCCUCAAACAGAAGGAAACCAUCAGCAAGAAGGAGUUCCAGGUGCGAGAGCUGGAAGACUACAUCGACAACCUGCUGGUCAGGGUCAUGGAGGAGACGCCCAACAUCCUCCGAGUGCCAUCUCAGCUUGGCAAGAAGGCCGGAAAGAUGUGACCUGCGGGAGGGAAGUGGAGAUGUUUUGUGAUCUUGUGUCCGGCACCUCUUGAGGUCUAGGGUGUGUGGUCUGCUUAGUAACCAGCACACAGGCUCCCAUCACCGGGUGUGUGCCUUGUCUGUCAAGAGUCAAUUCUCCUAGUUGAAACCAAGUUAAUUAUUACAAUGAAUCUUGUCUAUACAUUCCCAGAGUGUGUGUUUAAAUGCCACGGUGCCUUUAACUAAGUUGUGAAUGCACGAUUUGAUCCUGAGCCAUCGAUUCAGGGGGCGCCAUCGGAACUAAUGUAUUUUAACACUGGGGUUGUUGCCCUCUGAUACCGAGAUUUUUCCAGUGUGUAUCCUCCGUGAAGCCAGGCUUUGGCUGAGAUCAGAAAGGGACUCUACUGUGGGACCGUUUUACCUCCUUUCUUGGUGUUGGAGCAGCUCAGGUAUGGCAUAUGCUAAAUUUUUAUGUCUUGUGAACGUCCGAAGAGUCAAGGGUUGUUUGGGUAGGGUUUUUGUUGGGGGAGGGGCAUUGUUCUGUUUUUAAGAUAGGCUCUUGUCUAGUCCGGGCUGCUCUUGAACUCAUUGUAUAGCUGAGACUAGCCUUCUGAGACUUUGAACAAGCUGCCUCUUCCAUUUCCUUCUACCUUCUAGCCUUAAAAGUACGCUCUUGUGGAUGGGGAGAUACAGCCCAGUGGGUAAAGGGCCUGCAGUAGCUGCAGAUGCUGGAGGGGUGGGGGGGGGGCGGGGACGGGCAGAUCCCAGGGCCUCACUGGCCAGCCAUUCUAGCUGAAACAGGGAACUCUGGAUUCAGUGAGGGACCCUGUCUUAAUAACGUGAAAAGCUACCUUACACCUCUGCCCUUCAUAUUCUCCCACAUAGGUGAGCACUCACACACACACAGACACAUACACACAGUGUGCUCUUUAGAUCCAUAGGGCCGUCUCCCGGAGAUAUGAAAGAAUUAAGGGGCUCAGCCGUUAAGAGCACUGACUGCUCUUCUAGAGGGACCUAGGUUCAAUUCCCAGCACCCACACGGUAGCUCACAACUGUCUGUAACUCCAGUUCAAGGGGAUCCGACACCCUCACACAGACAUACACACAGGCGAAACACCAAUACACAUUUUUAAAAAAAAAGUCACUUUCCAUCUAAGUAGGAAAAAAUAGUCAGAGUCCCUCCUCUCAUGCUGACAGGGCUCCUGUUGCUGGAUUGGCCUCUCCAGUGUCUGGAGAGAGGACUAAGCGAUCCAGAUGCUUGCUCCAACAGUUGUGACCUAGAGAAUGACUAGGAAGGGUCCUUUGGCCACGUCCUUCCAUCCCACGUCCUUUCUCCCAUUUACUUAUCUUGCUGGCUUUCCUGGCAGCCUUCUGGAAGGGAGUAGCCAGAGUCCACUAGUUCCUCAAGAUGAAGGAGCCCUGGGCUAGGGCACGGUUAGUACACAGUGGCAAAGCACUUCCACCCUUGCCCCCACACUUGCUACCCCACCCCCAGACCUACCACCCUCACCCUUGCCACCCUCACCCCAGACUUAACCACCCCCUUUCCAGACUUGCUUUUUGAUUGCUACUUCCUAAUUUGGGGGAGUGUUUUUGUUGCUAUUUUGAGGCAGAGUCUCACUGGCUUCAGACUUUCAUCCCUCCUGCCCUAGCUUUACAAAUACUGGGAUCACUGGUAUGUGUCACCAUGCCUGGUAGAUUGCUGUUUUUUUUAAAUAGAUUUUUAUAUAUAUAACUAGUAUAUAUAUAUAUAUAUAUAUAUGAUUUAUAUAUAAAUCUAGUUUAUAAUAUAGUUAUAUAUAUACACAUGUGUGUGUAUAUAUACAUAUAUAUAUAUAUAUAUAAUUUUUAAAAUCAGCCCCAUUUUCACCAAUAGAGGGAAUUUCACUGCUGCUCACCUCAUCCUGGAAUUAAAGUGUUUCAUGUUGUUCUUUUUUUUUUACUUCCUGAUUGUAAUAAAAUCUCAUGAAAUCUUGACGUCUCUGCUAGGGGCAAUCCCAGGCCAGUGGAAUGGACAGGGUGGAGGUAGUGGUUAUUCAUGAAGAAUCUCUGUCUGUCUGUCCUUGUCAUCCGGAAGAUGAGGGGCAUUGGCUACACUGGAGCACUUUAAUCUGAAGGGCAAGCCUGUCACUUGAUUUAUCUAAUUACCUGUUAAUGAUCCACACCUAUUGUUAUUUAAUCUCUCCUACAAUACUAGGGACCACUGCAGAUUUCUGAGGUGGUUUUUUUUUUUUUAGCGUUGCAAAAUUCAUUAAUAUGCCUAUAAAGGAAACUAUAUUCACUUGAACUCUGAAAAUGUACAUGUAUAUGUCUGCUCUGCAUGUUUUUUUUUUUACUUGAUAAAAAUGCAUUUUUACUGUGAUAACCUAAGUGCAUGGGGGAGGGGAGGGCACUGGUUCUGUUAACAACAAGUCUGGAGGGCUCUGCUGCUCCUGGGACCUUUGGUAUGUUCCUGGGUCAGCACUCUAGAGGACCGUCUAGGUGGGGUGAAUUCCUGGGCUCUGAAAUGCCACUUGGGAACUCUGGAGAACGAAGAGUGGUUUCCCUCAGAGUACAUAGAGGCCACAACUACUCAAUGACUGUUCUUGAAUGUGCAUCUGGGGGCUGAGGGAAGCCUCUGGGAAGCCGAGUCUGUGUUGAGCCACUGGCGGGGGCAGAGGUUGGUGAUGUGGAGCCCUGGAGCUACUGAACCUGGCCGCUGGCUUGUGCCUGUAGCUACUCCUGAAGCCAACAUGAGGAGCCCUGGAAGGGCCUGCGCUCUGGAAAAAAGAGGGGCUUUUUCCUUGCCCUUGCCUGGCUGCCUCCAGAAAGCCCUCCAGAAAGCCCAGCCAGGGCGUGAGGGAGCACUGGAUUAAAUACCAGCAGACUCCAGUUGGAGGUCAGUUUUCUGAAAAACAGUGGCCCAAGUGUUUCAUAUCAUCUUAUUCUUAACCUUGGCACAUGUCCUGGCCUCCCUGUUUUAUUCUAGGAAGGAACGAGCAACCCUGCCUUGUGCCAUGCUCCACAGCUGUGCACAUGUGUGAUAGAUGAGCUGUGUGCUUCCAGAUUCUAAGUUCUCAGGGCACCAAGAGAGGCUGGUCCAUGAUGCUUUCCCAGCUGCUCUUUUGAGGCCAGAGUUCUUCAUCCCUGUGUUUUUUUUUUUUGUUUUUUUUUUUUUU